AUGUGCCCGAUGUGCCGUGUGGAAGUGGAGACGGUGGGUCAUGCAUUGUGGAGUUGUUCUACAACACAAGAUGUCUGGAUGGAAGGUAAUACAAAAAUACAGAAAAGCACAAGUGACGAGGACGCUUUUAGUCAUAUCUUUUUAAAGCUACUCAAUAGAUUGGAGGAUCUAGAUUUUGAUCUGGUAGCUUGCACAGCCUGGCAAAUUUGGCUAAGGCAAAACAUAUUGGUGUUUGAGGGAGAGUUUACCCAUCCGAAGAUUGUCGCUCAAGCAGCUGGCAAUGAGCUGGCUUUUCACUUACAGGUGUCUCAAAGGGCUAAUGGUGGUAGGAGGAAGAGUUGCCAGCAAGCUAAUGAAAAGUGGAAAGCACCACCUAUGGGGAUUGUGAAGCUCAACUGGGACGCGGCAAUUGAUUAA